UAUUGCAUAUUUUCAGUAGCAACGAUAUGAAACAGGCGUCAAAUUUGAGUUGCCAGUGAAUUGAUGUGAUUUCGUCUUUGUCUUGUCUAUUUGCUGUCACCCGGUGAGUGACUAAUUGCAAUGGACGUGGACGACUCAGCAGUUGACCUUAGUGUCAGGUCUUUGCCACCUGAGCUGAGUGAGCUCAGAGCUCUAACUGCUAGUGGUCUAACUAUAACGCCCGCUCAACCACCACCCCAUGGCUCCAGCGGCCGCCGGGUGCUCCGCCCGCGGUCUGAGCAGCGCAGCUAUGCCGAGAGCCCCGACAUCGUUCUGUUGCCGGCCGCGCCUCCGCUCCGUAAGCCGUCGGCGCCUACGGCUGCUCCUUUUACAGACGUGAGCAGCAAGCUAAACUCGGGCGCAGUGAACGUGUCAAUAACUCCGAGCUCGCUGCCGCCGCCGGCGCCGGAGUCGCCGCGGGACCCUCGCGACGAUGAAGAGUCUGAGGACGAUGAAAAUGAGCCCCCGCUGGCAUUGGCCGGGCACCGGGUGAGUGCGGGAAUAGCCGGGAAUGAUGCCAGGGCGCGAACAUUACCGGGAAUGUUGCCGGGAAUAACUCCGAGCUCGCUGCCGCCGCCGGCCCCGGAGUCGCCGCGGGACCCUCGCGACGAUGAGGAGUCUGAGGACGACGAGAAUGAGCCCCCGCUGGCAUUGGCCGGGCACCGGGAGUUGUCAAGCGCCGAGAUUUGGGAGCGCGAGCGUCGAAUGCGAGCGUUGCGUGAAAAACUGCGCGCGGAAGAAACGCGCUUGGUGCUGCUUAGGAAAAUACGGCAGUCGCAGCAGUCCACUGGCUUGCCGCCGGCUAAGGACACGACGACUGGUACCGCGUUAGCCGGUAGCGGCUGCGUGGUCCCGCCUGGCGUCACCGUGACGCCUGCGCCGCCGCCUGCCCAUCAACAGAACAAGCGGCCAAGCGGCGCGGGCACGAGCAGCGGCGGCUCGUCGCACAGCAUCGUGCCGGGCGGCUACGUGUCGCGGCGCACGUCGUCGCUGCCCGGCGGCGCCACGCUCACGCCCGGCGUCUACCGCUCGCAGUCUUCGACGAGCGGCGGCGCUAGCAUCACGCCGUCGGUCACGAUCACGCCGGCACCGCCGCCCGCCUCGCAUAAUGCUUCCUCGAAGGCGAGCUCCCGUAGUUCUGAGGACACGCAGACGCCGGCGCAACGUCAGGCCGCCGCCAAGCUGGCGCUGCGGAAGCAGCUGGAGAAGACGUUAUUGCAGAUCCCGCCGCCCAAGCCGCCGCCGCCCGAGAUGAACUUCAUCCCGUCGCCCAGCAAUACCGACUUCGUGUACCUCGUGGGGCUCGAGCACGUCGUCGACUACAUCACCAACGAGGACCGGUGAGGCACAUCAUCAUCAUCAUCAUCAUCAUCCCGCCGCCCGAGAUGAACUUCAUCCCGUCGCCCAGCAACACCGACUUCGUGUACCUCGUGGGGCUCGAGCACGUCGUCGACUACAUCACCAACGAGGACCGGUGAGGCACAUCAUCAUCA